AUGACGAAAGGUACUUCAAGUUUUGGUAAGCGGCGUAAUAAGACCCAUACAUUAUGCAGAAGAUGUGGUAGAUCUUCAUACCACAUCCAAAAAUCUAAAUGUGCUCAAUGUGGAUACCCCGCGGCUAAACUGCGUUCAUAUCACUGGUCCGUAAAGGCUAAACGCAGGAAGACUACCGGAACUGGUCGUAUGCGUCACCUCAAGAUUGUAAGAAGACGAUUCCGUAACGGAUUCAAAGAGGGAAAACCUACACCUAAAAAAGCUGUAGCGUCUUCGUAG